UUUGUGGGCGUAAAGCGAUAUUUAUCAAUUUUAAGGGCGACAUCUAGUACAAAAUCGUUAUAUUGUUCCCUGUACAGCACUAGGAUUGGUUUGUUCGGUUUUGGCAUUUUGUAAAAUCGAUAGUCGUCAGUUUGUGCUUUAUUUUUCGUGCCGAUUAUUGCAAUUGCGAUUUUCGGUAUUUGGGGAUGAAUCUUUGUGCGCGGCAAGGUCCCGUUGUUUAAACAUUGUAAAUUUAGCAAAUGCAAGUUGUCAUGGCGGAGUUGGCGACGGCCAAUCAGAUCGUCGCUUGCUGGGUGUUCUUUUUCACCUCGUAGUUCGCGUCACUCGAGGUAUUUUUAUGCGUCCUUCUGGCAAAGUGAGUGCUUAACUUUUCGAAAAAACCUACUCCGACUGCUACGGUCGAGCAUAGAAUACUUAAAAAAUUCACGUUCUGCAUGUGUUUACGUGAUAGCGUUCCGAGUUUGUCGUUGCUCGUCACGUGACGCACUCCAGAAUGGAGAAAAGACCGAGCAACGACCAUGAAUUCCAUUUAACGCAUUUCUGACAGUCGUAUUUGUAUACAAAGAUUGUUUUCGUCUUACCACCACGUGUAGAGUGAUGUGAUUGACAGCUAACAGAGACAGGAUGUCUACCAGAGGUGUGAAAAAGAGGGGUAGACCCCCUAAGAUUCAAGUUGCAGAGAGAGCCAAGAAAUUUCAAUAUCAGCUACUGAAAAAGCCAAAAUACUUGCAAAAUUUAAAUAAAGGUUCCGAUUCGCAAUCAAGCACUCCGACAACAUCUCGACCGUGCUCGCCUCAGGAGUACGAGGUUUCGAAACGGAACGCUACGCGAACGAGAGCUCGAGACGGGCACCGCUCCUCGCGAAAAGGCGGCCUCGUCGGUUCCGCCUAUCCCAGACGAGGGUACAAUCCGAACGCAGACUACCACGAUUCGGAAUACCACUAUGGAUCGGACUUCGGUGACGAAUCGAGUGAUAACAAAAGUGAUAUAGACGACGAGCUCGGAUUUACCGGUAGCGAUUCCGGCGAGUCGGUCGACGACGGUGAUAGAUCUAGUGACAGUGAUUUCUCUCUUAGCAGUUACAGUACAUUAAGCGGCACGCCGCGCCGAACAGUUUUACGUCCGCCUAGUCCCGAACCGCUCUGGUUGCAAAAUCGCGAAUUACCCCCCCUAGUUUUACCGAAAUCGUCCGAGGACCUGUUGAUCUCCUCGGACAGCAUCAUGGCAGUAGUGAGCAUCUACGAAGUGCUCAGGCACUUUCGAAAUUUAGUGCGGCUCUCGCCCUUUCGCUUGGAGGACUUUUGCGCCGCGCUUCUCUGUGAUGAUCAAAACGCGUUGCUCGCCGAAAUCCACAUUAUGCUCUUGAGGGCUUUGCUGCGCGAGGAGGACUCGCAGCAGACGCACUUCGGUCCGCUCGACCAGAAAGACAGCAUAAACAUUACCAUUUUUUUAAUAGAUAAUUUAACUUACUCGGAAGUUUUGCGGUCGUACAUCGAGGGUGAUAAGAACUUCGAUUCGGAGGUUUUAAACAUUUUAACUGCGACCGACUAUCCAUUUACUACCGUACAAAAUCGCAUUAAGGUACUGCAUUUCCUUACCGAUCUGUUUUUGACUACGAACCCUGUGAGGGAAGACUUGCUGAGUGAAGUUCCCAUGCACUAUGAUGACCAUUGCAGAGUGUGCCAUAAAUUGGGCGAUUUACUUUGUUGCGAGACCUGCCCGGCCGUUUAUCACCUAGAGUGCGUCGACCCACCCUUAACGAAUGUACCUGAAGAUGAUUGGCAGUGCGGUAUUUGUAGAUCGCACAAAGUGUCUGGGGUGGUCGAUUGUGUUUUGGAUGUAGAGAAGCAGGGGCAGCUUUGUCGGCAAGAGUGUUUGGGCUGUGAUCGACACGGAAGAAAGUAUUACUUCCUAUGCAGAAGGAUAUUUGUGGAAAGUGAGGAUGGUGAAAUAUGGUACUACACUACAUCUACACAGUUAGAUGAGUUAUUGAACUCGUUAGAUCCUAAUGAAAUGGAGGCAAGCUUAUGUCACGAAUUAAACGACUACAAAGAUGAAAUUUUGCGUCAGAUGGAUCUAACGGAAAAAUUAACGAAUCAAUUCAAGGGAAAUAAGAAAUCAUAUCUGGAGGUCGAGAAUGCGAGGAUUCUUCAGGUGAAAAAGGAACAAGAAGAAAAGCUCGAGGAAGAAAGGAAAGAGAAGGAGAGGCAAGCUGCAGAAGACAUGGUGGCGAAAAUGCACGAAGAUCCCACCCUGGAAACGGAUGUUAUCGCAAAUAAUUUGGAAAUUGAUAGUACGGUCAGUAUCACAACAUCGGAAGGUGACGUGAAUUCUGGAUCCAAUACUCAAGACGAAGAGGUCAAGAUGGACGAAGAUGAAGAUGGGGAUCAGAAGAAAGAGAAGGAGAAUAAACUCAAGAUUUCUUCAAUCGUACAAAAGGUUACCAUCGAUAAUUUGCGCCGCAAAACCUUAUCGGUGUUAAAUCGGGAUGAUUUAGAUAAAAAGGAGUUGGAGACGUCGCGAAUGACGCGCUUGAAAUCUAGUCAAAUAGCUAAUGGAACGUACUUAUAUAAGUUAGGCAUGGAUAAUCAAUGUAAAUCGUAUGUAAAUCAAUACACCACCAAUCCUAUAGCUUUAAAUAAGCCGCAGAGGAACGAAGAGCGAGAUAAACGGCGACAUUUAUCCCACAAAUUUUCGUUGACGACUGCAUCCGAAUUCAAAUGGAUCGGCGCGGUAAAUGGCAGUCGUACUCUGCUCCUUAACACCUUACGACAAACGAUACUGCAACUGGAGCAAACGAUACAAACACCUUUCAUGCAUCCAAAUUGGAAUCUAAUACGAAAGCACUGGCUCGUGGCCAUGGCUUCCUGCCAGAAACCCAAAGAUUUCGCACGAGCCAUAAUCGUCCUACAAACCUGCAUGAAGCCGGUAAUCUUCGCCAACGUAUGGCACGAGCAGUUGGGCCACACGAAACUGUCGCGGACCACAGCAAUCGAACGGGAGGAGCGGAAAAAGAUCGAGAAGCGCGAGAAAAAGGAGCGCGACGAGGAGGAGGAGCGCAAUCGCAUGAUGGUGACGGGUUACGUGAAGUACACGAUGGGAUUUAAGCAUCAGUUGUGGAAGCAAAAAGGGGAGGAGUAUCGAAUUCACGGCAGAUGGGGCUGGUUGUGGCUGUCGUCUGUUAGAAACUUAAAGACUGAAAGUUGCCUUACAAAAGGACUAGCCGCGGGACCUAGCGCUUAUAUGGUACAAAUUCGAGAUAGUAACGGAUUAAAAAUUUUGAAAUUAAAUUCGAACGCUCACGCGUAUUUACUAGAAAAAUUUCCCAAAGACGUCGACGUGAAGGAGGAGGUGGAAAUGGGAGGCGGCGGCGACUGUCCCGUACCAAGUGUCUUACAAAACUUGAGGGUGGUGCCACCUAUUGACGACAUAGAGGAGUUGGACGUAUCGAAGGCGUUGACUAUUAACGGUCGGCUGCUAUUUCCGAAAGUCGCCCACAAGUCGGUGUUAGACGAUUUGCUUGCGAGGCGUCUGCAACUGAAAACGUUGGAGGAACGUAAGAUUGCGCAACUGAUAAAGACCGAAGAGCCUCACAACGAGGAUGAGGUUAUCGAUGUCGAUAGCGACGAUGCGGAUACCGAUGCCGAAAGUAACCUCGAAAAGCAAUUGAAUAAUAUGAUGAGCGGGAAAGUGGUGUUACCACCUCAUCAGCAGCAGAGCCAAGUCAACAAGGAAAUGCUGAAUACUAUCGCGAAGAAAAUUCAAGCGUUACGCUUGCACUACACUUCGGUAUCGAAAUUCGGCAAAGAUUAUCAGUGCUACUCCAAGGGUUGUAAUACAAAUUCGUCUACUCUCCUCUGUAAUUGUUACUCCCCGUUGUGUUUGCAACGCAACAAAGUCCGCAAGGAGUUGCUAGCACUGCUAAAGAGAGCGAAUUUUCACACAAAUGUCCAUUCGUCUUUAAAACUGCCCAACAUUCUAGGCAUUCCCGCUAAAAAGUCAAUUUUGGAGCAGAAAUUGAGCGCGCCCCCUACCGUCAAACAAACAGAACCGGUUAACGAAACGCAAGUUUGUAAGGAGCUAAUGGUCUCUCUUAAGUCAACGCCUCAUUGCAAAGAUGAAACCAUCACCGCUUACGUUAAAAAGAUCUUUGUACCCCCACCGCCGAUUAAAAUCGAAAAACAGUCGCCGGUUAAGAUGGAGGUCGACCCACCACCGGAAGUAUUCGACAAGACGAAAUUGUACAGUGAUAGCGAUGAUGUCGACAUGGAAGGCAUGACUCCUGACGCUAUAAACGAAAUGAUAAUCGGAUCUUCAUCGUCGGGCGUGCGACCGUCUGUCGUUAAAACUGAAGCAACGAAAGCCGCAGUAGUCGACGGGAUAGUCAAGAGAACCGAACUUGACGUGGGGCGCACAAUUCAAACGCUCAACGCGAGGUCGUCAUCGUACGUCCCUCAACCGAACCGAAGGUUUUGCACGUACAAAACGAUGAUGCGCAAAGAGGAGAAAGUUGUUAAAGCCGAACGCGCCGAAGACGGAACCGAACGUAUCUAUACGACCAUCUCGACCGAAGGAAAGGUCUACCUGAAGAAGCUACCGUCGACGACCGUAGUGGAGAAACGCAAGAAGCGCCAAACCGUCAAGUAUCCGCUCUGCUCGACGUUCCAAACGAAUAGCGGAUCUCGGUCUCUGCUCGUUCUGCCGAAGCACGAGGUGCAGAGACUCGCGAGGAGCGGCGGAAAGGUGAUGGUUAGCGGCUUUCAUCACUUGGCCAAGCCGAAUAACUUCGCGUGGCCGUAUCCGUGCGCGCGCCCCCUGUUUAAAACGUGCUGGUUGUAUCGUACGGUGAACUUGAAGAACACCUCGUCGGUCGCGCUUCUACUGCGCAUUCUCUGGGCCUGCAUGAGGUGGGACGAUAUGCAAGCUAAACCGCCUAACACGGACGGCAAGAAUCAUAUUACGACCGAGACGGAGAUUCUAUCGCUUGAACUUUUGAAGCAUAGGUACGUCGGGCAAUUCUUGGAGAGGACUCAAUAUUUACGACGGAAGGUUGUUAUUCCACUCGAGCUGCCGAAAACGGUUAGAGAGGUAACGUCAAUUCGUAGCGGAUUGCGCAAGCGUAAACGUCCCGAAUCGCCGCAAUGUACGGAUCCCCAAGUGACCGAAGAGUGGGUCGACGAAGACAAAUUGGAACUGUGGGAAAUUAAGCAGUAUGGAGAAAAGAUAGAGAAGGCUAAUGUCCAAGUUAUCACUAGGAGUCGUACCGGGAAUCUACCCCCAGCACGUGCAGUGACCGAGGUUCCCGCGGAAACCACACCUACCAAAGUGUCGGUUACCAGCAAGGCGACGCCCGAAGAGAUUAAAGAAAAAAUGGAACAGCAGUUGCGAUUGCAGCGAGCCGCUCAUCAACAAAAGAGGGCUUUGGAAUUGAAAAGUCCGCAAGGCCAGAUCAUUAAAAUGGUGGGCAACACGGCGCAAGCUGCCUCUACCACUACUGCUAGUACUAACACUUCUUCCGCUUCUACUAAAACUACAAUUCCUACUCCAAUUCAACCGAAAGUUACAACUGCAGAUGGUCAAAUGAAGAUUGUGAAGAAUGUCGUAAUGCCGGGCGCCAAUCUCUCGACGAAAUCGACUUUGACAUCCUUACUGACCGCUAAUACGACGCCGACCGGCAACAACAAGUUCACGGGACGUCGCAUCUUUAUGACCAAAGCGGCGGAUGGAACGACGAGAGUGAUCGCGGGAGCUGCGAACAUUCUGCCGAAAACCCCUCCGAAUUCGCAAUCGCUAAUUAAAGUGCAGACAUCGACGGUUCCAACUGUUCAACAGAUACAAGUCCAACAGCCAGUAACAACUGUACCAACCUCGACAACAACUACAACACUAAAAACCGCGGCGGAAACACCGCAACGCGUUCAAAUAAUGCGAUCACCGGACGGGCGACUAACGGUCAAAGGCCUAAUGCCAGGUCAACAAAUAGUACAAAUGCCGGAUGGAAAAUUGCAAGUGCUCACCACGACACAAAUACAUCCGGCAACAACCGCGCCAAAAACUCCGCCGGUGACGUCUACCAAAGCUAUUAUUAAAACGGCUAAUAAUCCAACAGGCAAAUUGGUCCUGCAGAGCGGUCAGUUGAAGACGGUACAACAAAUCCAACCUCAAAGUCCGACGAAAACGCAACAGAUCAUCGUCAAACAACAGGGUGCACCUCUGGUACAAAAAGCGGCGACCCCAAACUCGGUGGUGGUAAGCGGCGGUCAAGUCUUACAGCACCAAGUUGUUGUCGGCGGGCAGCAGGUGAUAACCACAUCCGGCCAACAACAGAUUGUUACCAAUCAAAUAAUCGUAAACAACCCGACGCUCGCGCAACAGUUGGCGACGGGAAAGCUCCAAGUGGCGUCGGUUAACGGACAACAAGUGCUAAUCCGUCCAACGGGCAACGGACAGGCGCAAGUUGUCGCCCAAAUAACCCCCGGCAAUAUCGCUCACACCGCCCAGGUGCCGCAAGUCCAAACCGGCACGCCGAAUCGACAGGUCAUACAGCAGGUAUCGCAGCCGGUCGCUCAGGAGCAAAUGACCACGACGAAGAUAGUCCAGGAUAAUGCUAAUCAAGUUGACCAAGCUACGAUGGAGCAGUUACUCAUCGGGCAACCGCCCGGUACUGUGAUCAAGUGCGUUACGGCGCAAGUAAUUCAAACGCAACAAGGACCUCGAAUUGUUUUGCAAGGUUUGCAGGGCGCGGAUUUCACCCCCCAACAGUUGUCAGCGGUGCAACAUCAAGUGAAGCAGCAGCUGCUUAAAGCUCAAGCUUCGACCGGUAAACAGGGUGUCCUGGGGCCUACAAAAAUAUAUUUGGCGGUACAACCAACCGGCGCCGAAACCGUAGGAUCGCCGAAUUCUCAGCCUCCCCCCUUGGCGCCGGUACAGCAAGUUACGGCGCAACCUCAACAGCCAAUUCAAGAAAUUAAAAUACAGACGAAUCCUGUCCAGGCCAACUUUGAGAAAUCCAUUCAGCCAUCGCCAAACACAUUGCAGCCGACGACUGUACUUCAACAGGUGGCCAACGGCAAUUCGACUAGCGCAAUUCGUCAAGUACUAGUUAACGGGCAACAAUCGUCCGCCUUACUUCAAGCGAUGAAGGCGAAUAUGGAGACGAAUCAACUGACUGCCGUAAUUCAACCGCCGCUUUCGACGAGCGAGGCCAAUAAGCAAUUUGUUGUUACGCCCGAUUACAUUCAGCAAACGAUUAAAACCGCUUUAAAACAAGAGAAUUUGAAUCCGGAAAUCGAGGAGAAAUUACUCCAGCUGCAACGAUACCAAGAGAACAAAAUGAAGCAGGAGCCCGAGUUACCGCCCGUGCUACCACGACCUAGCAAUCCUCCAAUAAUCAGUACGAUCCGCAUGCCCGUGCGCAAACGGCCGCCGAACUCGAGGGACGACGACACCGAAUGGGUCAUGGAGACACCCAAGCGUAGUCGGUUUACCAAGAGUAACGAAAUUAAAAAAGAGGAACCGCCUAUUCAUCAGAUAGUUAAAGAUAAACCGGUAUCGCCGCGCGCGCGAGUUAAGCUAAAAGACACGCAGGAAGACGAGAAACGUGUCGCGAUGAAAACGAAAAUUAUGGUUGCGCUCUUUCGUCAGAAGGAGGCGCUCAAAAAGGAAAUAUUGCGAAAGAGGGCGCUAUUGGAAAGAGAAUUGCAGUGUGAAAUACAGAAGGAGGUGGCAGAAGAAAUAGCGGCACAAACACGAUUAGAACGUACAAGACAAGAUGAGGUGCGUAGUGCGACAAACAGGCGCAGAUCCACAACAACCACGCUGCCACCCGCUCAGGUAUCUCCCUCGUCUCCUCCAAGCGUUAGCAACUUGACGCCUCCCAGUGCGAACACGAAUAAGAGCGCGGGAAGACCUCGACGGAAUCAGCGCCAACAGACGCCGACCUUGAACUCGCCCAAAAUUAAGAAGGAAAAAAUUUAUUGCGUAUGUCGAACGCCCUACGACGAAACUCGAUUUUACGUCGGUUGCGAUCUGUGCAACAAUUGGUUUCACGGCGAUUGCGUCGACAUUACGGAAGAAAGUAGCAAGACGAUGACGGAAUUCGUUUGUUCGGAAUGCAGGCACGCCCGUGACACCCAAGAGAUAUUCUGUUUGUGCCGACAGCCUUACGACGAAUCCCAGUUCUACAUUUGCUGCGACAGUUGCCAGGACUGGUUUCACGGUCGCUGUGUCGGCAUACUUCAGUCGGAAGCUGAUAGCAUCGACGAGUACGUUUGCCCGAAUUGCCAGAAGAAUUCCUCGGUCAACUUUGCCAAUAUGAAAAACUUGAGCGAUCGAGAUUUCGAGGGUCUGCGUAAAUUAAUUAAACAAUUACAGUGCCACAAAAGUGCUUGGCCCUUUAUGGAACCUGUCGAUCCAAACGAAGCACCCGAUUACUACCGAGUAAUUAAAGAACCAAUGGAUUUGCAGAAAGUCGAAACGAAAAUAACGGAGCAGUCGUACAACAAACUUAGCGAAUUUAUAGGAGACAUGACGAAGAUAUUCGAUAAUUGCCGUUACUAUAAUCCCAAAGAAUCUCCAUUUUUUAAAUGUGCGGAAUCCCUCGAAGCAUAUUUUGUAAAUAAAAUUCAGUUCUUGCGCGAGAAACUUUCAGAAAACAAUAGACAGUGAAUUGAAUUUUUGUAAAAAUAUUUUAAGUGUAUUUUAAGUUUGUUAUUUACGACAAUAGUAUAAGUAUAUUCUUUAUUUAUUGAGUUGUUCAGCAAAUUGUCGAUCUCCUUUUAAAAGUUUUUUUCUGAUUUGCUGAACUGUAUGUAAAUACCUAUAUAUAGUAUUAUUGUGAAUAAUACAGUACAUAAAGAUAUUGUUUCUUAUCAUUUUUUAAUUUGUAACGAAAAUUAGAUUUGUCCAUUUUAAAAAUAGAUAUUUAUCACUA